UCCAGACUGCGCAUGCGCAAUAGAACAUGUGAUCUCCGCAUUUGUGACUGAACAUCUGAGAAUAAAUUUAAUUUGUUAAAUUAGUUUUUCUUCAUUUGUUUACAUCAAAAAGCGGCAAAGAAAAUGCGUCGUGCUCAGUACCGUGUUCUUGACGAUUCUGCUCGUAAUCGGCGUGAUCGUCAAAUGGUAGAGAAAUUGGAGAAGGACAAUUUUCAUGAAGAUCCACAUGCGAACCUUGUUAUGCACAAGAAAGCGCCUAAAUUUGAGGAUCAAGCCAUCAAAUCAUCAAGUAGUGGGGGAAGACGGAAGGAAAAUCAUUCUCAUCAUCAUCAUAAAGCUCGACAAGUAACACUGUCCACUCUUCUGGAUGAAGACAGCAAAGCACCAGCCCCAAGUUAUACCACGGCGGUUACACCGCGUCCUGGGCCGGUGAUGAUUGAGGAUCGAGUUAUUUUCACAGCCAUCAAAAGGCAUUUCUGUUGUGUUUGUGGGUUUUCAGCCAAUUACACUUGUGUAACAUGCGGCAUGAGAUAUUGUUGUGUUACCUGUUUACAGACCCAUAGAGACACUCGUUGUCUAAAAAUGACAGUUUAAUAAUGUGAACAAUCAAGAAUAUCAACUUGAAUCACCAUCAAGACCAACUAAUUACAAUAACGGAGGUGGUUACAUUAUGUGUCGACCAAUGAUACCAAAUAGUCAAUUUCAAUCAUAUUGUUUACAGGAGGCUGAUUGAUCGUUUUACUUUGAUUUUAUCUUUCAAUUGAUGACUUUGAUCUGUAUUUAGCUUCUAGGAUUCUCCGUUUUCUCACUUCUUUGGAAGCCAUUUUAUAUCA